GGGAGACAUUGGAUGCGAAGGUUUGCGGACAUGGCUGUAGGACAGACUAUCUGUCUGGGAGAUUUCAGGAGAAUACUAGCACAACAGACUUCCUAUUAUGAGGUAGAAAGAGUUGAGGAUAGAUCAGGAACAUCGACAAUGAAAGAUGACGUGCCUAUUUCCUUUGACGAUGUUAACAUUUGAGGUCAGCAGCUCUGUGCCUGUGAGCCGGUCACAAUACCCGAUCAAGCCACAGGCAAAAGGGGGUGUUGACAAGGCAGUUGAGGGACUGAAGAAAGCAGGGGUGUUAGAACCCUCACAAAGCCUUUGGAAUACUCCCAUACUUCCUGUAUCAAAAUCUAGCGGGGAGUACAGAAUGGCUCAUGAUUUGAGAACCAUUAAUGCUAUUACGACUACAGCUCUGAUACCAGUUCCUAACCCCUACACGGCUAUCUGUAAUGUCUCACCUGAACAUACAUGGUUCACCUGUAUUGACCUAGCCAACGCUUUCUUCUGCAUACCUCUGGCAGAGAGUAUGAGACCUAUUUUUUCUUUUACAAUAGGAGGGGAGAAACUACAAUACACAAGACUACCACAAGGCUUCAGUUUGUCUCCAGGAAUAUUCAACAAAGUGCUCAGGGAACAGCUAGAGGGCGUUACAUUGCCAGUGGGAGUAGUAUUAAUACAGUAUGUAGACGACCUUCUCAUCGCAGCACCUUCUGCAGCCUCUUGUUUGGAGGCCACCAGACACCUACUGGUGCGCCUCCACACAUCAGGGUUCAAAGUCUCCAAGAAAAAGCUACAAUGCACCCGUAAAGAGGUGACAUUUUUGGGCAGAGUGAUUUCCCCAGCAGGCACGGGCAUGUCAGCAGCGCAUCAGGAACACAUUUUGAACCACCCGAAACCCAAGACAGUCAAAGACAUGUUGUCUUUUUUGGGCCUCACAGGCUACAGCAGACACUACAUCCCAGAGUAUAACCCAAGAACAGCUGAACUCAGAAAACUCAUCAACGAGAAAGGCAUGCGCAAUCUCACUGCCACACUAGACUGGACACAAGCGGCAGAAGCUGCGUUCAUUUCUCUCAAACAAUCCAUGUCUCAAGUCACGGCUCUCGCCGCGGCAUCCUAUGCAUUACCAUUCUUUCUUGAUGUUUCUGAAAAUGAAGACACAGUAAAUGGGAUUCUUUUUCAGAAAAAGGGGGGUUGUAGGACAAUAUUGAUGUAUGUCAGUGUUACACUGGACAGAGUGGAAAACAGAGAACCUCCCUGCAUGAGACACGCGGCAGGUACAGCACGUAUCUUAAACAAGAUUUCACACAUUGUGAUGGGCCAUCCUUUGACAGUACUGACAACACACAGCAUUGUCUCUUUUGUGAACUCAAGUGCAUUCACAAUGACUUCAACGAGACAAACAAGGCUGGAGAAAACUCUGACAAAGGCACACAUCACAUACACACACGAAGGAGUUAACAGCGCAGACACCAUAGGUAGCGGAGAGCCCCAUAGGUGUGAGGAAAGAAUCAUUCAAGAUGUGAAGCUAAGAAUAGAUCUCAGAGACGAGCCCAUCCCACAGGCAGAAAACCUGUUCACAGACGGCUGUUGUUUUAGACAUCCCCAAAACGGCCUCCAAGCAGCCUAUGCCGUGGUAAAACAAAAACCUGAGGGAAACUUUGAGGAAGUAUCAGCUGGGGAAGUAACAGGGAAAGUAUCAGCACAGUUGGCAGAAGUAAUGGGAGUCAUCGCAGCAUUAGAGCUAUCAAAAGGAAAGGAUGUAAACAUCUACACUGAUUCAGCAUAUGUCCACGGCGUAAUUCACGUGGAAAUGCGACAAUGGUUGAGAGCAGGAUUUGUAACGUCCACAAAUACCCCCAUCAAACAUGAGAAAGAGAUCAAAAGGCUUGCAGAAGCAGUAAUGUUGCCCAACAAGUUAGCUUUACUUAAGUGUAAAGGUCACAACGCAGAAAACAACUACUUGGCUUGGGGUAACAAUGCAGCAGACAAAGCAGCUAAAGAGAAGGCAGGAUAUACACCAUGGUAUCAAAUGCUUGUCUUAAAAUCUGCUGACUUGCUGCCCGCAAUGACAGAUGAGACGCUUAAAGAAGCUCAAGAAGCGGGGUCUCCUCAAGACAAAAAACUAUGGUCAAACCGGGGAGCUACCAACAAAGAGGGGAUAUGGUACUCCCCAGAUGGGAGACCGGUUAUACCCCCAGAGUGGAUAAGAUCCAUGCUUAAAGAAGCACACGGCCCAACGCAUUGUGGUAAAACUCAGAUGAACAGGCACCUGACCCACUGGUGGCACCCAUACCUACCAGACAUGAUAGCAAAUCACCUAGAAGAGUGUGUAAUUUGCUUAACCCAUAACAUCAGAGCCACUGUGAAACCACACCAGGGAAAGUUUCCUUUACCUAAGAUGGCAGGAGAAGAAAUCAUCAUUGACUACACUGACAUGAUUGACAAAGUAAGAGGAUUCAGAUAUUUGUUAGUAGUAGUAGAUGGAUACACAGGUUGGCCAGAAGCUAUCCCUUGCAGAAGAGAAGAUGCAGACUCAGUGAUCAAAUUCCUAGUCACGCAUUACAUUCCAUUACAUGGAUUUCCUAGGAAAGUGAGGUCAGACAAUGGCAGCCAUUUCAAGAACCAUGACCUACGCACAGUAGAAGAGUCCCUAGGACUAAGACACAGUUUUGGAGCAGUUUAUCAUCCACAGUCUCAGGGAAAAGUGGAAAGGAUGAACCAGAACUUAAAACAAAAACUCAGCAAAGCAUGUGAAGAGACGGGCAUGAAAUGGGUAGAUGCAUUGCCUCUGGCUCUUCUGUCAAUCAGGAGCUCCAUUAACAAAGGGACAGGUUUCUCUCCAUUUGAGCUCACUUAUGGUCACCAGUUCCCAGGUCCAGGAGCCCUAAGUGUAGGAAAGGAAGUAGAGGUUCUGAGUUCGAAACCAUACUUCCAGCAACUUAAGGGAUUAGUGGCAGAUUUUUCCACCCAGGUUGCAGAGGCAAAAGGGGGACCCGAGAAACACGAAGCGAACACUGCGGAGUUCGUCUGGCUGAAAGCGAUCAGACCCAAGUGGCUGAGACCCAGGUUCUCUGGACCCCAUCGGGUGAUGCAGAGGACAUCUCACGCUGUCCGCUUGGAAGGGAAAGGAGACAUCUGGUACCACUGGAAUCAGUGCGCAGUGGGGAAACCUCCGGGAAGGACCCUAGACGACAUCAUCACGGACGUAGUCCGCGCAGAGGAGGAGGAACCAGAGGACAACACUCCUAUCACCGACCCAGAAGUCGCCAUAAGCGGGCGGGCUGAAGAGGACGGCGAGGAACGGUCCUGAGGGAACGAGGCAGAGCGGGGUGGAUCAACGCUUCCAGAUGGCGUCUGUCUCCUCCACCGGAGGCUGGCGUGUGAAAGCUGUCAUCAUCCUCCUCGUGCUGGGCCUGCUGUACCUGUCCAAGGUAGCCCCGCUUGAUGAAGCUGUGACCAUUCCAACGACAGGUGGCCCAGACUCUGAGGGCAAAAUCACACCAACGGGCCAAUCAGUGCCUAGCGACAAAGACAGGUUGUUUCCAAUCACCACACUAACAUUCAGUACAAUGAGAGAGAGACACAGAGAGAGAAGAAGGAGGAAUGCCCCUCUCUCUGCUCACGAACCACAGAAGAUUUCUUUUGACUGCCCAACUGCAAUAUGUAACUCACCAAACUGUGUUAUUACCUACCCUGUGUUUUUAAGCAAGGGUGGCGACUACACGGUGUGGGAAGCGUAUCCAGGGACGCAGUAUCAGGAGUUCCGGGUCUCGUCAGGGAUGGUAAGAAUAACACUCAACACCAUUGCAAAUAUGCCCCCAGAACUGUGGUGUAGCACGGCAGAACAGUUAAAAUAUGAGUCCCAGUGCACGGCACGGAAGCCAGAUUACAAAGCUCCCAAUUCGGGGGUCACUGGAUGUGCAUUUAUUGAACCAGAGCAUGAAACAGAUUUUUCUAAUUUAGGGGUCGCCGGACACGCCUCUAUUAGAACAUAUAUUGAACCAUAUCAUGAAACAGGUUCUCCGGAAAAAGCCCUAAUAUCCACUCCACUUAAACAAACAGGAGAGGAUGUAGAUUCUUCAAAAAAGGCCUUAAUCGCUCCACCUAAACUAACUAAAACCAAUUCGGCAAUGAGUUUAAUGUUAGACUAUGCACAUGAACGCAAUGUUAGCAACUGUUGGCUGUGCCAAAACAUGCCAGAAUCCGUACAUUCUCCCAUGUUUAGCCCAAUUCCUUUCACGAAAGCGGACUACGGUUUAGUUAGCUGGAAUGACAUAGCAUCCCGCAUUGGAGAUGAGGCCGAGGAUUGUUACACUCCUUCGUAUCCAAUAAACUCUGAGAAACCUCUACAAUACAAGGGUUUAAUCUCGCUCAUUGUGGAGACAGUAAAUAAGGAUUACCUGCCAGAGGGGUUCAAACAGUUGACGGUCCUAAGACUAAUAUAUGUGAAGAAAUAUAUUAACCUAGCUUUUGAAUACAGAUUCCAAUUAGCUCUAGCCCAGACUAAUUGCUCGGUUAACUUUACCAGUCCAAUAUGUACACUGCAACCACACACUCCAUCUUUAUUAGUUGAGGCUUUGGUAACAGUAGUGCCCUGGUUCGGCUCCAGAACAGUGGACUCAGUUGAGGUUAAAAUACAUGACUGUUCGCAGCCAUUACCCUUAGGUAAGUCCCCUACCCGUGACUGUUCUGUCUAUGUUCCCCCAGUUGUAGUACAUGAGUGGAAGAAUGUGUCCAUCUGUUUCCAGAAUGAAAGAGGAUCUCUUACCUCUCCAGAUGUGGGCCACAGCGACUGUAAUACCGUAAUAAAGGUGCAGUUAGCCAGAACGCCCCUCCCGCAGAGGGUUUACUUAGUUUGUGGGGACCGAGCCUAUGGCUGUAUGCCUUAUGACAUUUUCUAUGGCACCUGUUACCUGGCCUAUCUAAUCCCUUUAAUCCGUAAAGUGAAGACUGAUGAGAUUGCAGCUAUACUUCCCUCUCUACAUAGAAACAGCAGGUCGAUUACAGAAGGACAGCGGAUGGCUAGUCUAUUUUUACCAUGGUACGGUAUUUAUGUUUCUCAGCAGGAAAUUGUGGCGUUGUCCAAAGUAGUGGAAAAUCACUUAAAUGCAUCUAACACAGCCAUGUUAGCCGAACAUAAGGAAUUACAGGAGGUUAGGACUGUAGCAUUACAAAACCGUAUGGCACUGGAUCUUUUAUUAGCCGCCCAGGGGGGCACAUGCAAGGUGAUUGGAUCUGAGUGUUGUUCUUUCAUCUCUGAUGCUACACCUGAGGUCAUGGAUAUGGCUCAUGAUACCGCCAGGGGGAUAAAAGAGUUGCAUGAAACUCAUGGGUUUACCCUUGGGGAUUUAACUGGAACUUUUGGAUCGUGGGGUGCGGGGUUGGUUAAAUUUGCAGUGACCGUUUCAAUGUUUAUCUUAGUUGUGCUAAUUGUGAUAAUCUGCUUGGUCACUGUAGUUAAACUAGCCAUACGAAAGAUGACCAAAACCGCCCUCCAGGCUCCACAGAGACUAGUGGGAUAUUCCACAGUGGAUGACUCCGUGUUGAUGUACGACGCCCAGCUUUCAGAUCCGUGGGGCACAAUCACGGCUUCUGCUCCAUGGGGACCCCCACAAAAUGAAUGACAGGUUGAUUAAAAUUGACACUCAGAAUGUAGAAGAUGUAUAUAGAUUUUACAUUUUCGGGUUUUUACACUACGCAAUAAAUGUCUGAUUCUUCUUUUUCAGAUUUUUAAACAAUGUAUUUGACUAAAAUGAAUGUAUAGAUAAGUGCCUUACUUUUGACUAAAGCGUAGUGAAGUAAUGUUAAAGCUUGAGGACACUGCAAUUUUGCAGAUUACGGAUUAAUCGAAUCACCACUGUGAAUGCUAUACUUUGAACUGUGAAUUUCAACUGGACCUUUACAAUCCAGAUUUUAUACCUCAGGUGGAUUGCUAAUAAUCCUAAAUGUUAAAUGUGUUUUUACUAUAAUUGUCUUGAAGCAAAUCUUUGAGAUGCAAGCUAUUUUUAAAGUUUGUAAUUUGAUGAUUAAGGAGGACUAAAUGAUAAAUGAUAUAUUUUACUAUUUUCUUCUAUAUAUUUUUUGGUAUGUUUAUUUUUGUGCUAUUGAUGGACGAUUUGUCUAAACACUGAGGAUAUAUUUUGGUAUUUCUACACGGUCAUAUGAAGUUGAUAUGUGGAGCCAUUCCUGAAUGUUUAAAUAGUCUGAAUCCCAGGUUAUAAUGUGAGUGUCUUGAAAUAGUUGAUCUCUUAAAAUGAGACCAAAAGGGGGAUUUGUAAAGUUAUAUUUGUAUUUAUUCAUGUUAGCAAACUAUGGAUAAGCUUAAAAAGGGAAUAAUUUGGGUGGAACUGUGAGCUGGAUGUGGGGCCUGUUUGGACAUAUGUUUUUGAGGACAAAGGAAGAUGGGGGAAGGUGAAAGCAUGUCUUGAGUUGCCUUCAGUUUAGACAUGCUACAGUGAUUGGGGAAGCCUAAGGUCUAAGGGGUCUGUGAUAUUUGGGGCGGCCAAUCAAUGAUGUCCGAAUGGGAGGAUCUGAUAACUCCUCCCAUUGACACAGAGUAGAAACACAGAAACACAGGCGGUGUUCAGCCUCUUUCCUCUGGCUGGCUCACGUGCAGGUAAAUUCGGGAUCCCAAAGAUUAACUGUAUUGAAUUUGUACUGUAUUGAUUGUAUUAUUUUGUCAUAUUACCAUUAAAGUAGAUAUUGUUUA